GUUCCUAUUACGAUGAUCUUCCAUCUUCUUCUCUAGGUUUCUCUUCUAAUAAUUUCCCAUCUUCGCAUUCGCCAAACCGUUUCAGUUUCUUUUCGUUCCCCGCAAUCAAUGCAUCGUCUUCAUCAAAUGGUUUUUUCUGGGUGACAUGAGCUUCUUCCAUUUCUACUCCGCCAUAUAGGUUGAUCCCUAUCAGCAACAGCUUCACGACCAUCCAUGAGUAACGCUUCUUCUUCCGCGUGUCAAUUUGAUGGUGAUGAGAAGUACCCUGCUUCAUUUGACUUUGAAUCCGAGCACCCAUCGUUCAAGAGGCACGCAAAUCCAUCGACACUUUCGAAUUCGAGGGCACAGGUACUGAACGAUGCGAGGACCCGCUAUUUCAAGACUCAACUCUGCAGAAGGUUUAGACAGGGAAUUUGUACACUUGGGUCCGAUUGUAGUUUUGCUCAUAGCGUUGGAGAGCUUCGAAGGCAAGAAUUGGGUAAUGACGAUAGAAGAUUACAGGAGUCCAAACUAUGCAGAAUGUUCUAUCAAGGGCAACAAUGCUAUUAUGGAAACACCUGCCGUUUCCUUCAUACAAGACCUGGCAGUGUGAAUUCUAGAGGCAAUGCAACAGUAGAAGUAAUUCCUACCGGACACGGUAAAAGAAAAUAUGAUCAAGUAGAAUCCCAGAGCGGGUUUGAUGAGAGUUCUGAUGCUGAAUUGAAUCCUAGGAGAGAGCCGCUGAAAACGAAGCUGUGUAUCAAGUGGGACAUGAAAGGACAUUGCCCGUAUGGACAUAUGUGUCGCUUUGCUCAUGGGCAAGCCGAAUUAGGGAAGACUGAUGGCUACUCAACUGCUGAAGGAAGGGUAGUGCGAACUUCUGCUACUGCUACUACAAAAGUGUCGAGUGGUGUAGUAUCAACCAGUAGUUUGCUUCAAAAUUUGAAAGAAUCAUUUUCAGGAAAUUACAAAUUCAACAGAAAUGAACUACACAGGAUCAGUCGCAUCUAUGCUGAUUGGAUUUAAACAUAUAACAUGUUGCUCGGCCUUGUGUUCUAGGGAGAUUUGCUUCUCAAUUAGCCUGAACAGAAAUUUGAGAAAUUUGAUUCACUCUUUUGUAUAGCCCCCGACAACUUCAUAACUUUUUUAUGUGGCUAUGAUAACCUUGUAGAUUAAACAAAACAACACCUUUCAAAGUAAUAAUAGCAGUGCAGAAGAAAUUAGAAUUCU